UAAAACGGCUAUUAUAUCCAAGCGACUAAAACUACCCACGUUCUCCACCUUCAUCUAACUGCCAUCAACUGACGGUAACUGCUUCCAACACGUUUAAAACCAUUUCUAGUCGCAUCCAACAAAUCCUCUCCGAUUAGGCCUUAAAUCAGAAGGUUAGAGUCAUCAUUCAUCACCCAUUAACUUCUUAAUCUCUGCCUCAAACCUUCUGAACUGCAAUCAAUAAAGAAGAACAUGGCUUCUUUCCUUGGCCUUUUCAUUGUCCUCUUCGCCACCACUUCCACCGUCCUCGUCAGAGCUUCGAAUCAAUUCAGUGUCGGAGAUGGCAUCGGUUGGCGACAACCCGACUCCAACGAUACCCAAAUUUACACUCGAUGGGCUUCCAAGAUUAGAUUCCAAGUUGGAGAUACUCUGCAUUUCCAGUACAAGGAAGAUUCGGUUCUUGUUGUGGAUAAAAGAAGCUACUACCACUGCAAUACAACCAAUCCCAUCUCUUCUUUCAAUGAUGGGAAAACCGUUUUUAAGCUUGAUAGGCCUGGCCCAUUCUACUUCAUAAGUGGGGCCCAUGAUCACUGCAACAAUGGUCAGAGAUUGAUUGUCGAUGUCAUCACGCUCCAUCCAUCGCCUAUUCCUCACCGACCCUCCAUCUGGACAAAUGCACCAUCACCAUCUCCCGUUCCAAGCUCGGCGGUCUUAACCAUCUCUACAUCUCCUAUUGUGUUAAUGGCUCUGAUCACCCUUCCAAUCUCGUUCGUGGGCCACGUGUGGCUGUUUUAGCUGUGUGGCCCACAAUUUAGAUUUUCAUCGAUCAUGGUUCAAUCUCUGGGAAUCGAAAUAUGGCUGAGAUCGAUCUAAAAGAGACGGUGCUAUUUCAUGUUUUUGUCAUUUCAUUAUAUUUAUAUGUAAGUAGGUGCUUUGGAACCUUAUUAGUUUUAAUCUAUGUUAUUAUAACCAUGUUCUUGUAU